AUGGCUGUCGGAAAGAACAAGCGCCUCUCAAAAGGCAAGAAGGGUCUCAAGAAGAGAACCCAAGAUCCCUUUGCCCGUAAGGAUUGGUACCAAGUCAAGGCACCAUCCUCUUUCCAAAUCCGAGAUGUUGGAAAGACUCUUGUCAACAGAACUACCGGUCUCAAGAACGCAAACGACUCGUUGAAGGGUAGAAUCUUCGAGGUUUCUUUGGCCGAUCUCCAGAAGGAUGAGGACCAUGCUUUCCGCAAGGUCAAACUCCGUGUCGAUGAGGUCCAGGGAAAGAACUGCUUAACCAACUUCCACGGUCUCGACUUCACAUCCGACAAGCUGCGGUCUCUCGUCCGAAAGUGGCAAACCUUGAUCGAGGCCAACGUCACGGUCAAGACCACCGAUGACUACCUCCUCCGCCUGUUUGCGAUUGCCUUCACCAAGCGACGACCAAACCAGAUCAAGAAGACCACAUAUGCCGCCUCCUCGCAAAUCAGAGCCAUCCGAAAGAAGAUGACCGAGAUCAUCCAACGCGAAGCUGCCAGCUGCACCCUUCAACAACUCACCCAGAAGCUCAUCCCUGAGGUUAUCGGCCGUGAGAUCGAGAAAUCCACACAGGGCAUCUACCCAUUACAAAAUGUCCACAUCCGCAAAGUUAAGCUCCUCAAGGCACCCAAGUUCGACCUCGGCGCCUUGCUCCAACUCCACGGCGAAUCAAACACAGACGAGCAGGGCCAAAAGGUUGAGCGGGAGUUCAAGGAGAAGGUUUUGGAGGAGGUAUGA